AUGUCUGCGCCGUCUGAGCCGCCAAGCAGGACUUCUACUCCUCGGUCGUUUACGAACCAGUCGGCCACCGCGGAGGAUCUGUUCAAAUCUCAAACUGUUGGCUUAGUGAAGCUCUCGGACUUUCGAAAGCGAAGGGCAGAGGCGCUGGAACAAAAAGAACGAGAAGCGCAUGAUAAGUCAUUGGGCAGAUUUACUCCUGGAGCGUCCAGAAGUGGCACGCCGUCUACAGGAGAGAAGGCAGACGGUGAACAAAGUGAUGAGCCAUUGAGGAAGAAGAAAAAGAAAGCCCGGACUCUGGCAAAGAGCAAACUCUCGUUUGGCAAUGAUGAUGACGAAGACGCUGAGAAUACAGACAAUACAUCCCGCGAUGCAACUGAGAGCAGAUCUCGGUCUGGCACGCCUCACGGAUCAAGCCCGAAACCAGCUCGACGAUUAGCCCCAAACCCGCACUUAGCGCUUCCCCGGCCUAAACUGGUUACAAAAUCUGCUCUGGAUGCGGAAUCAAAGGCCAGAGAUGCUCUUCGACGGGAAUUCCUAGCUAUCCAAGAAGUUGUCAAGGCGACUGAGAUUGUGAUACCAUUUAUUUUCUAUGAUGGGACGAAUAUACCGGCAGGCCAGGUGACUGUGAAGAAAGGCGACCCAGUGUGGUUGUUUCUUGACCGUUGUCGAAAAGUUGGCGCAAAGCUAGGGCUUGCGGGCGCUGGAGGAGCCGCGAGAGGGCGAAAGGACCAUCGUAGGGAAUGGGCUAGGGUUGGAGUCGAUGAUCUAAUGUUGGUUAGAGGAGGAAUAAUAGUUCCUCAUCACUAUGAAUUUUAUUACUUUAUCGCAAACAGGAUACCAAAUUUUUCUGGCAACGGUGGGCUGCUCUUUGACUAUUCUGAUACUGCACCACCAGCGGUUUCGGAUGAUAGCAGUAGCUCCACACCUGCUCUCGAAGGGAGAGACACAGAUCCCACUCUUACCAAAGUUGUAGACCGACGAUGGUUCGAACGGAAUAAACAUAUCUUUCCUGCGAGUUUAUGGCGAGAAUAUGAACCGGGACCCGAAUUUGAGGAGAAGAUGCGCGGAGUCCGGCGGGACAACCAGGGAAAUGCAUUCUUCUUCUAA